AUGAUCGAUGAUGCCAGCAAGCUGUUCAAUGAGAUGAGGAAACAGAGUGUGGUUUCUUGGAGCGCGAUGAUCGAUGGGUAUAUCACAAACAACAGAACGAGAGAGGCCUUCGCGCUUUUCCGCUUUAUGCUAAUGGAGGAGAAUGAGAACAAACCCAACGAGAUCACUAUACUCAGUAUUCUCCAAGCCUUGCACCAUGAUCUCGGUGCUCCCCAUAUUGGGGACUCCAUCCAUGCCUUUGCUCGAAAGAGGGGUUUUCAUUCAUUUGUGCCAGUGAAUAACGCGCUCAUUGACAUGUAUGCAAAAUGGGGGAGUAUAGCAAACAUGAGAAAAGUGUUCGAUGAAAUCCAAGAAAAAAGCUUAGUUUCAUGGACCUGCAUGAUAUCGGCAUAUGCAAUGCAUGGCCAUGCCAAAAAGGUAAUUCAGCUUUUCAGAGAGAUGGAGGGGAUGAGAAUGAGGCCAAAUGGGAUCGCAUUUCUCGGGUUGCUGUAUGCUUGUAGCCAUGCAGGGCUCAUAAAAGAAAGUCAGGAGUAUUUCACGGCUAUGGUGGAGGACUAUGGGAUCGUACCAGGUGUCAAGCACUAUGGAUGCAUGAUCGAUAUGUUAGGGAGAGUUGGUUUAUUGGACGAAGCCGAGAAGAUGUUAGAAAGAGAGAACUCAUUAUUAGAUGUCGGUUUGGCAGAACUUGUUAUGGAGAGGGCGGUGGAGCUAGAGAGAGAGUUUGGAGGGGACUAUGUGCUUCUCUCUAUCAUUUUUGCAGGGGCUGGAGAUGGAGUGAUGCUGAAAGAGUGA